AUGGCCAACCUUCCCCCCGUUUACAUUGUUUCUGCCGCCAGAACCCCCGUCGGUUCGUUCCUUGGCUCUCUGUCUAGCCUGAGCGCCACGCAACUGGGCUCCCACGCCAUCAAGGCCGCCGUCGAGCGUGUCCCCCAGAUCAAGCCCGAGGAUGUCGAGGAGGUCAUCUACGGCAAUGUCCUGUCCGCCAACCUCGGACAGGCCCCCGCCCGCCAGUGUGCUCUCGGAGCCGGCCUCUCUCAGGGAGUCGCCGCCACGACCGUCAACAAGGUCUGCGCCUCCGGCAUGAAGGCCAUCAUUCUCGGCGCCCAGACCAUCCUCACCGGCACCGCUGACAUCGUCGUCGCCGGUGGCACUGAGUCCAUGACCAACACCCCCCACUACCUCCCCGUCCUCCGCAACGGUGCCAAGUACGGCAACCAGACCCUCGUCGACGGUGUCCUCCAGGACGGUCUGACCGACGCCUACGGCAAGAAGGAGCACAUGGGCAUGGCUGCUGAGCUUUGCGCCAAGGACCACGACAUCACCCGCGAGCAGCAGGACGAGUACGCCAUCAACACCUACAAGAAGGCCCAGGCCGCUACCGAGGCAGGCAUCUUCUCCAAGGAGAUUGCCCCCGUCGAGGUCUCUGGUGGCCGCGGCAAGCCCGCCAUCACGGUUGACCGUGAUGACGAGGUCAAGAACCUCAACGAGGCCAAGCUUAAGGCCAUGCGCCCCGCCUUCAUCCCCAACGGCGGUACCGUCACGGCCCCCAACGCCGCCCCCCUCAACGACGGCGCCGCCGCCGUCGUUCUCAUGUCCGAGGCCAAGGUCAAGGAGCUCGGCGUCACUCCCAUCGCCAAGAUCCGCGGCUGGGCCGACGCAGCCCGCGAGCCGGAGCGCUUCACCAUCGCCCCCGCGCUGGCCAUUCCCAAGGCCAUCAAGCACGCCGGCCUCACCGAGAAGGACGUUAACUUUUACGAGAUCAACGAGGCCUUCUCCGUCGUCGCCCUCGCCAACAUCAAGCUCCUGAACCUCGACCCUGAGACCGUCAACGUCUUCGGUGGCUCCGUCGCCAUUGGUCACCCUCUGGGCUGCUCCGGUGCCCGCAUCGUCACCACCCUCACCACCGUUCUCCGCGAGAAGAAGGCCAAGAUUGGUGUUGCCGGUAUCUGCAACGGCGGCGGCGGCGCCUCUGCCAUUGUCAUCGAGAACCUGCAAUAA